UCCGGACCGUCAUCUUUUCGUCCGAUUGCCUUGACUUCAGUAGUGGGCAAAAUCUUCACUUCUAUUCUGAAAGAUUAUUUGUUUGAUCAUCUCAUCAGCAACGGCUACUUGUCCACUUCCAUUCAGAAAGGCUUUAUCAAUCAUGUCAGUGGCUGCAAGGAGCACCAGUUUAAACUGGUAUCUGCGAUCAGAGAUGCUAAAGUACACCAACGGUCUCAAUUAGUCCUUGGCUUGAUCUACGCAAUGCUUUCGGCAGCGUUGAUCACGAAUUGAUUCAUUUUGCCUUACGUCAUUACCACUGUGAUGACACGCUUGUAAGGCUGGUUUCUAAUCUAUACCGAGGUCUUCGAGCUCUGAUUUUGACAAGUUCUUGGUGCACUCGCGAUUUUCAUUACGGUGUGGGCGUAUUUCAGGGCGAUCCUCUGUCAGUGGGUAUAUUUGACAUGGUUAUGAAUCUGUAUACAAAUGCAAUUGAGCUCCUAGCAUCUCGCUGUGCAUAUCAGUUUACAUCUCUAGACCUCGGUUUGUUCAACUCGAUAUUUGCGGAUGGUGCAGCAGCUGUUACACGUGGAAUCAAGGAAGCCGAGCUCAUAUGUCAGAGAAUUGACCAGUUUCUGGAAUGGUCUGGUCUUCAAGCUAAUGUCAGCAAAUGUUCUUGCUUUGCUCGAAGGAGGCAACCCAGCCCAGCUAUUUUUGAUCCGCAGCUCACUCUUCAGUCUCAGCCCAUCCCAUUCUUAACUGACAAGAAGAGUUACAGAUACUUGGGGUUACCGAUUUCUGCUGACUUGCAUUGUGAUGUCGUCAAGUCAGAGUUGCUAGAUUGUGUAAAGUACCUGUUUGCUCAAGUCGACAAAACGGCGUUGUCCCGCUUCAGCAAAUGCCAACUUUAUAAGAAGGCUGUGUUACCUCGACUAGCUCAGUUACUCCGCAUUUCUAAUCUGCCUCUUUCCUGGAUUCGAAGUCAUCUUGAUACGGUGGUCACGAGAUAUCUGAAGAAAUGGGUUGGACUUACUCACUGUGCCGCUGUAUCCCGUUUGUUCUUGGACACCAAUCGUGGUGGAUUUCACCUUCCUCAACCUUCUGUUUUCUUCCAGAGUCUCCAGUCUUCUUGCCUUUUACGAUUUACCAAGUCAGAUGAUAUUUGUCUAAGAACUUUGGCUUUCGCAAAAAUCAGUGACGAAGCACAGUCGUCAUCCUCUCGAUUCUUGCCUGGCGCCUUCUUGGCAGAGCACUCUCUUACAUCUGGUUCUCUAAAAAAUAGUCUGAAAUUCAUCAAGAAACAAACUUCUGAGAUUAAUUGUCAGAAUCAUUUUCGUCAUUUAUCGUCACUGUCAGUACCGGGUGCUACUGCAAGGUGUGAAGAUUUAGAGGCUGCUCAUUGGUCAAUAUCAGUGAAGCAUCUGCCUGACAACCUGUUCAAGUGGGCAUUUAAUGCUAUCCAAGAGACCCUUCCAACUGCUCUGAACCUCUGUUUGUGGAAGAAGUCGGAGUCCAACCAGUGUUCCCUCUGUCAACAACCGGAGUCCCUUUGUCAUGUCCUUAACGCUUGCCCGGAAUUGUUGAAACUGGGUCUUUACAAGGAGAGGCAUGACAAUGUUCUUGCACUUCUUUACGACUUUAUCAAGUCUAACAGCUCUUCGGACUAUCAAGUUCUUUGUGAUCUGCCUUCUCUGCCCUAUCAGUUUCCGAACGAAAUAGCACUUACGACAUUGCGUCCAGACCUAGUCGUUUACAGUUGCAAGUUGAAAAAGUCUUGGCUCCUUGAAUUGUCGGUGUCGUUUGAGCCGGUGGCAGAAGAUACUAAAGCUAGAAAACAUCUACGGUAUAAAGAGCUUGUGCAGGAUGCCAAGUCCUCUUAUCACACAGAAUUGCUACAGCUAAUUAUUGGUUCAAGAGGUUUCAUAUUCUCCGAAACGAAACGAUCACUGACCCGAGUGUGCAAGCCGUUCAAACGAGACAUGGACAUCCUUUUUGACAACAUCAUUCAGGCAGUUAUCAGAAGUUCCUAUCGGUGCUGGAUUAACAGAAAAAACUAGUAGUUCAAGUGUUUGUCUUGUUUAACUGUUAUUUUUGUUGCUUGAAAUGUAAUUUCUUCCCAUUUUAGUUUCCUUUUAGUCUUAUCGGGAUCAUCAGUGUUACAGGAGAUGCCAAUCCUGGAAAGACUCCGCCCGCAUU